AUGAAGCAGGAAGAAGGUCAAGACUUCAGUGUAACUGCAGAUGUGAAUUUUGCUGUAGUGAAUGUCGAACAUGAACUGCCAAUUUUAGGACUGAACGAUUGUGUCAAUUUAGGACUCAUUAAGAGAGUGUCAUCAAUAUGUUUGAAUUUUAAGGAUAAGGAUGAUGUUUUAACCGGCUACAAGACAGCUUUUGAAGGAUUGGGACAGUUUCCAAGCACUCAUCAUAUUCAGCUUAAGGAGGGUGCUAUCCCACAAAUUCGACAAUCACGGAGAGUACCUUACAGUUUACAGGAAAAACUAAAGGAAAAGUUGGACCAACUUGAGGAAACUGGGGUGAUUCGAAAAGUUGACAAACCUACAGCAUGGGUCAAUCCUCUGGUGAUCGUGGAAAAACCCGAUAAGUCUUUGAGAAUCUGCAUAGAUCCGAUGCCAUUGAACAAGGUGGUAAUGAGAGAGCACUUUCUAAUGCCACACCCUGAUGAUAUUCUGGUAACAUUGAGUGGUUACAAAUAUUUUACUGUUUUGGAUCUUAAGGAUGGGUUUUUUCAAAUUGUUUUAGAUGAGGAGAGUCGUGAACUGUGCACAGUCAGUACCCCAUUUGGGAGAUAUCAAUUUUGUAGAUUUCCUUUUGGAAUCUGUUCGGGUCCAGAAUUGUGCCAGAAAAAUAACUACAAAUGCUUUGGAAACCUGAAGGGAGUUAACAUAGUACAUGAUGAUAUUAUUGUAGGAGGAACGACAUCGGAAGAGCAUGACGAAAAUUUAAAGAGAGUUUUGGACACAGCCCUUAAACUUGGAAUCAAGUUUAAUCCAAACAAGAUGCAAUUUAAGAAGAGCGAAGUUAAGUAUCUGGGACACAUAGUAUCGGCUGCAGGAAUCCAACCCGACCCAGAUUAUGUAAAGGCCAUAGUUGAAAUGGACCCACCCACGGACAAGAAAGGGGUAAUGCGGUUAUUGGGCAUGCUAAAGUAUUUAUCGAGGUUCAUACCGAAUUUAGCAAAAAUCACUGCACCCCUCAGAUAUUUGACAAGAAAGGAUGUGGACUUCUUAUGGACCGUAGAGCAUGAAGAUGCUCUGAAGAUUAUCAAGACAUUAAUUUCCAGUGAACCAGUUUUGGUAUACUUUGACUCUCGAAGACCUCUUGAAAUACAAACAGACGCUUCUCAAGAUGGCCUAGGAUGUUGUUUGUUGCAGAGUGGGCAGCCAGUGGCUUUCAUGUCCCGUUCAAUGACUGAUACAGAGAAGAGAUAUUCGCAAAUUGAAAAGGAAACUCUAGCUAUAGUUUUUGCUGUUGAGAAGUUUCACAGGUUUAUUUAUGGCUAUAAAGUAACAGUUCAGACUGACCACAAGCCGCUUGUAAAUAUUUUUCAACAAGAUUUGCACGUGGUACCAGGUCGGCUACAGAAAAUGAGACUAAGGUGUUUGAAUUAUGAUCUGGAAGUAAAGUACUUACCUGGUAGUAGCCAACUUAUUGCUGAUACGUUGUCAAGAGCAGCAUUAAAAUGCACAGGAAUGACAGUGUCUUCAGAAUUUCAAGUACACAGUUUAACAAGUUCAUUGCCUAUGACUGAAGAGAAGAAGAAAUUAUUCCAGCGUUACACUGAAGAGGACCAAGAAACUGCUAUCGUGAAGAGGAAUGACACAGGAAUGACAGUGUCUUCAGAAUUUCAAGUACACAGUUUAACAAGUUCAUUGCCUAUGACUGAAGAGAAGAAGAAAUUAUUCCAGCGUUACACUGAAGAGGACCAAGAAACUGCUAUCGUGAAGAGAUACUGCAAAGAAGUUUGGCCAGAAAGGAAGCAAGACACCCCAGAGAUAGUACGCCACUAUUGGAACCAAAGACAUAUGGUAUCUGAAGAAGAUGGUUUAUUGUUUUUAAAUCACAAACUGAUUGUGCCACGACAGCUACGACAGGACAUGCUUCAGCGAAUCCAUAUCGCGCAUGGAGGAAUUGAAAAGUGCAAAGCUAGGGCUCGACAGAUACUUUAUUGGCCACGAAUGGCUACAGACAUUGAAAGUUUUGUGGCUCGUUGCAGGAUAUGUGAAAGGUUUUCCAGGAGUAAUGCAAAGGAAACCCUUAUGCCGUAUCCUAUACCUACUAGACCAUGGGAGCGUAUCGGAUGUGACAUAUUUUCAUAUGGAGGAAAUGUGUACUUGGUCAUGAUGGAUGCUUACUCAAACUGGUUGGAGCUGGUUAAAAUGCCAUGUAAAUCAGCAACGUCCGUAAUAUCAGCAUGCAAAGACAUCUUCAGUAGAUUUGGCCCUCCUGAUAUAAUGGUAGCGGAUAAUGUCCCUUACAACAGUGCCCAAAUGAGGGAAUUUGCCCGUGAAUGGAAUUUUGAAAUUGUGACACGCAGUCCAGGCUAUGCACAAUCCAAAGUACAGUAUGACAAUAAGGAUUUGAAAAUGGCUUUAUUGGAGCUUAGGAACAUGCCCGUUAAGCAUCUGGGAUAUUCUCCAGCUCAGCUGAUGUUUCAACGCAGGUGUAAGACAACAAUCCCUGUUACCGAGGAACUGCUGAAACCAACGCUGAAUGAUGGAGUACAAGACAGGUUAAAUACAAGACAACAGCUGCAGAAAAAAUACUAUGAUCGGUCAGCCAAGGACUUAAGGGUUGUAAGAAAUAACGAAAGAGUUGUCUUCAGAAAUGAAGGAAGGUGGGAGCAGGGAAAGAUUGUUAAUCAAGGACCAACUCCAAGAAGUUACUGGGUAGAAGGUGAUAACGGAGCUACAUUAAGAAGAAAUCGCCGCCAUCUGAAACCAUCACUCACUCAACAAAACAAUUCCCAGUCAGUUCCAAGGCAAGACGAGCCAGUACAACUAAGACCGCGUAGAGAAAUCAAGCUACCAUCAAGAUUUCAGAAUACAAUAUAA